GGAAGCAUUUUUUUCGGUCGAAGCAUAUUCAACUUUCAUUUUCAUUCAUUCACCAAAUGAAUCGAGUUAGGUUUUUUUGUUUAGAGUGAGUGAGACUACUCAAGUCAAAAUUCUUUUCUUCUUCUUCUUCUACUUCCUCUUCUUCUCUCGAGUCAAGUUUCUUCUCUGAGUAAGUGUUUCGAACUCAAAAACAAUGUCUCAGACUAAGAAAUUAACGCCGAAUCUGGAUCAACACAGCACGAAGAUGCUCAAUCUCACUGUGCUCCAACGCAUGGAUCCAUUCAUCGAUGAGAUUCUCUUCACCGCCGCACAUGUUUCCUUCUAUGAUUUCAACAUCGAAACUAAUCAGUGGAGUCGCAAAGAUGUUGAAGGAUCUCUGUUUGUUGUUAAGAGGAAUGCUCAACCGCGGUUUCAGUUUAUUGUGAUGAAUCGUCGAAAUACAGAUAAUCUGGUGGAGAAUCUUUUGGAUUUUGAGUAUGAACUGAAAAAGCCAUACUUGUUAUAUCGGAAUGCGUCGCAAGAAGUUAAUGGUAUAUGGUUUUACAAUCCAGAAGAAUGUGAAGAAGUUGCAAAUCUCUUUAAUAGGAUUCUUAAUGCAUACCCAAAGGCACUUCCAAAUGCAACGAUGUCUUCAAACAAAAGUGAGUUUGAGGAACAUGACCAAGUGUCAGCCAUAAAUGAAAGCGCUAUCGAGACGUCUUCUGCUGCUGUUGCUGCAACUGAUGCUGUUGAAGAUUCUGUAUUCACAAAUUUCUUCAAUACAUGUAAGAUUACUGGACCUUAUGCUUCAAAUGUAGAAAGUUUUCACCAGCCCUACCAUUCUGCAAGUGUCACUUCUACUGUUCCUGGUGGUUUUUUGUCUCCUGUACCUUCUAUUCAAAUACCUUCUACCUCUCUUGAAACAAUCAACAGUGGCACUCAGGUCACUAAUCUUGUUAAGCCUUCUACUUUUCUUGCAUCCAACUCCUUAUUACCAUUAAUACCACCUAUUUCUUCACCCAUGCCACCUAGUGCAGCUGUUCAUCAUACCCAGAAUCUGCCACGCCAAUACGGCACUCCGCUGCUCCAACCCUUCCCACCACCUAAUCCCCCUUCUUCUCUUACCCCCAUUUCCAGCUCUAUGCCAAAUAGACCGGUUAUCAGCAGGGAUAAAGUCCGCGAUGCACUUGUAUCACUGGUUCAGGAUGAUAAAUUCAUUGACAUGAUGUUCCAGACAUUAUUGAAGAUGCAUAAUUCAUGAGUAAUCGAACAUCAAAAGGUUGGGCGAAUACAGCAUAUAAACUUAGUUCUGUAUAUGGUAGUUGCUCUCCAACACAUCUGACUCGACUAUGGCAUGUUUUGUGUAACUUCAGUCUAGUCGUUUUUAUUUUAUUUUUGUCUUUUACUCCUGUCACAACUUAGCAUAUCUUCUGAUCUAUUCCGCAAUACAUCGUCAAAUUAUAGUGCAUUAAUACACAGUAUCCUUACCUUUACCUUUGAAUUUAUGUAUGUAUACGUGGAUAGUAAUGAAAGAAAACAAGGAUUAAAAAUAUUAAAUAAUUUUAAUUUUAUAAAUUGAUUACUGUCCAUGUGUACACGCAAAAAUCUAUGGUAAAAAUAUGCUCGUGUAUUCUUCACUUCGAAACUCUUCUUUUGAAGUUCUUCGCUUCUAAACUCUAGUACUAUAUCAUAGAAAUUGCCAUAUGUGGUUGAACAAUGUUCAAUAAGUACUUUCCUGUCGGUUUUCUCCUUACA